GAGUGAGACAGAGAAAAAAAGGAGAGCGAACGAGGUCGUCUUGAAGUGACAACAAAACGAAGUCAAUUCCCCCCUUGGGUCGAAGGAAGUUCCUUGUCGCCAGAGCGGAUUUCAGAUCGAAGGCCAAAAGAGAAAAGUCAUGAAAUUGAGGAUCUAUCGAACACUUUGGGGAUUGGUCGAUCAAACGGAUGGUAACAAGGCCAAGUCCCCACAUCAUCACUUGGAAACGGCUUUGCCUGCUUUAAAGUCUCUGGGCUAUGAUGGAGUCGAGGCACCCUUGAAGUUCAUCCUCUACUUUGGGAAGGACAAAUUCAAAGACCUCUUGCGUCAACAUGAGCUCAAGGUCAUCAUUAUGGUAUUCACGGACGGACCCAAUGCCCCGGGCGAAGGAAUUCUCUUUGGAGGACCCUAUGAAGGCUUCACUCGUCCCAGUCAACCAGGAGACACCAACAAAGAGGAUUUGAUCGAAACUCACUUCAAGGUGUUUCAUGAGCAAGUGCAAAUGGCCCAGGAGUUCCAGCCCACCCUUAUCAACUCUCAUUCUCUGAAGGAUUACUUUACCGAAGAAAUGGCCGAGCAAUUCUUUUCGAAGGCCUUAGCUUGGCAAAUUGAGAUGGGAUACACGGUUCACCACGAAACCCACCGGAAGAGGUUCCUGCAUUCCCCUUGGCUGAGCCGGCAAUUUGUGCCCAAACACUCUAAUCUCACCAUGGUGGCGGAUUUAUCGCAUUGGAUCAAUGUGGCGGAAACAAGCGCCGACGAUCUGGACCUGACCCAAGUGAUUGAGGACUUUGCUCCCCGGUUCCGUCAUGUUCAUUGCCGUGUCGGUUACGAUCAUGGACCCCAGGUACCGGAUCCCCGCGCCCCAGAAUGGAUUUCGUACAUGGAAGGUCACGAGCGUUGGUGGGAUUACAUCUGGGAAGCUAUGCGCCAACAGGGGAUCGAGGAGGUGACCAUGACCCCAGAGCAUGGACCGCCCAAUUAUCAAAUUUGUCACCCGUAUACUCAAGAGCCGAUGGGUUCAAUUUGGGACAUCAAUCAUUGGGUUGCCCUCAGGCGUCAGGUUCGAUUUGCUGAGCUCUAUGGACUGGAAAAUACCUCAGAUCUAGUGCCCAGUGAAACUCAAGGACUACAUCCACCAACAGUUCCUGGUCAAUCCGUUUUGAAGGAGCUUUCUAGAGUUGGUUUCAAGUAACUCGUGUGGCAGGGGCUCUCCCUUUACGAUGCUAGUUGGUUGGCUUCCGACGAAUUAACAAAGCUCCUCCAAACUUGUUCACAAUAUGUCAUGAGCCACAAUGUGUUCUUUGCAAAUGCAAAUGGGAGCAAGCGUUGGAGCAUGUCUUGAUUGUGUUGGCGAAUUCGAAAAUCUUUUCCUUAAGGUGUAUGAAAUAUCAAACAGGAAAUGGUCGUCUUCUUCUUUCUCCGA